GGAUCGAAUUUGAACUCACAAAUUCCCUCGGAAUGGCGGCGGAGAAUAUUCCUACGCCUGAUGAGCGACCCUGUGUCGGAGGACGCUGCCGAUCUUGCAUGUCGCGUCGUCUCAUUCGGCAUUCGUUCCUCCAGGAGCCGAUCUCUCCCACGCUUUCUUCGGACGGACAGUUUCCGCGAGCCCUAUCUUGAUUGGAGUCGGGCAGAGAACAAAACCCGCACAUUCGAGUCACACUUGGGCCAAAUGUUGUUACAUUCUUGCUACAGUCAGAUUCGAUUCCUCGGACGGUCAGAGCGGGAAAGUGUGGUGUCCCAACAGUUCUGUAGAAAUCCCAGAAAUCUACGACGGUCGUACGAGAUUGGGUUGUCGAAUGGAUCUAACGGAAUGUAACCUGGAAUGGUUCGGUCGCCCAGGGAUGAAAUUGUGAGGCCAAUCGCCAUGGUUUAGCUGACAGAAAUGAAGCGCAUGAUGAAGAACGUAAUGUGGAGGAGCUUGUUAUAAUGCAUCAGCGCGUGCCCGUUCUUUACUACUGGAGGUUGCAGUGAGCGGAGGGGGGUGUAUGUUCUUGUACAGUGGUGUUCGUUCGAGGUGCCGGAGAGUACGAGAGAAGACUUUUGGAAUUCUGUUGUGAUUUUGGUGCGACUUCGGAGUCGGAGAAUGAGAAUGGUUCUUUCAUCACGGUGUGUGGGCGACGCAUCAUCACAAGGCGUUAGAUCUACUGCGCAAUUCUGAUGCGUCCAACGAUCGGCUCGCACGUGAAGCCAUCCAGGCCUCUGUGCCGCAACUCCUUCCGGGCUCGGGUCGCAAAUUGGAGGGUGGAGCGUUAUGCCCCUAGCUUCUGUUGGUCGUACCAACGGCCAACUGUGGUGCUUUGCGGGGUUUAGGCCAGGGUUUCGUUCCUGAAGGACAGUACUGGCACCCGACACCUCGUGGCGCCAGCCAGCCAGCCAGCCAGCCAGCCGGGGAGCCAAGACAAAGCGAGUGGAGUUUGGCUAAUAGAAGGAGGCAGACGAAUCUUGCACAAUGUUUGUGGAAUCGGAGCUCACUUGGACAAUCGCCGUCAAACCGUGCGAUCUGAAGUCGGGUCUGCAUAUACAGAGAGCUCUGUUGAGAAAGCUACUUGCGGAUUUCAACAAGCUCAAAUGCUCUGAGAAGCACGGAUAUUAUAUUUGUGUGACCACACUUGAAGAUAUCAGCGAGGGUAAAAUAUGGGAAGGCAAGGGAUGCGUUGCAUACAAGGUCCGCUUCCGCUGCUUGACCUACAAGCCACAAAAGCACGAGAAAGUGUUUGCGGUCGUCACUGGCGAGCUCCAGGAGAAAGGUGCCAUGUGCUCCUUCGGGCCAAUUGAGAACAUGUUUCUCUCAACCAAACUGAUGAAGGACCAAUACACAUUUGUGGGAGCAAGUGAGUCCAAACCAGUACAUUUCAAAGGCAAAGAUGGCUCAAUCAUCGAAAGCGGCUCCGUUCUUCGGGUCGAAAUUUUAGGUGUCAAGUUCAACUCUCUAACCCGUGCUUUCGACACCGUGUGCUCCGUUAGUGGAGACUAUCUCGGAGUUGAUGGCCGGACUUGGGAGGAUAAAUCCACACCUGCAACAGCCAAUUGGGGCGCUAACGAUCCCAAUGGGGCUGAGGCGGGAGCUUGGGGCUCGGAUACCCCUGCUGAGAAUGAUGCAGGAGGUUGGGGAGCUUCACCUGUAAGGGAAAGUGGAGGUUGGGGUGCUGCACCCGCCGAGAAAUCGAAGAACGGUGGAGGAUGGGAUACUGCUUCCGCUAAGACUACCAGCGGUUGGGAUGAUGCCUCGCCCAAGAAAGCCGAUAAGGGUGGAAGCUGGGGUGUUGACCCAGCAAAUGAGAGUGCCGGGGGUUGGGACUCCCCACCAAUCAAGAAAACCAACGAUUGUGGAACCUGGGAUGCUGCCCCUGCAACUGUAGGAAACUGGGGUGCUUCGCCAGGCAAGAAUUAUAACAGUGUUGCCCCUGGAAAUGAGAACUCUGGGCGCUGGGAUGCUACACCAGCAGAGAAAAGCAACGGUGGGGCAGGUUGGGGUUCAGCCACUCUGGGAAAGAAGGAUGGUGGAAGUAAGAACACCGCAAAAUCAAAAGCUAAUGGAAACUGGGAAACUGCUUCUGAGAAAAGUGGAGGUUGGGGUAGUAGCCCUACGAAGAAGAGCAAAUCCGGAGGUUGGGAUUCAUCUCCCGUUGAGAAAGAGAGUACUGACAUGGGAUCUUGGGGUGACCCUCCGACGAAGUCGAGCGUUGGAGUUUGGGACUCAGUGGAGGUCGGGAACACUGGUGGAGGUUGGGGAGACUGAGCUGAGCCCUUCGGUUGAUAAGUGAUCUAACCAUGUUUAGCUCUUGGACCUUGGAUAAGUUUUUCUGUAUAUAUAUCCCUGUAUUCGAUCAGUCGUACUUGGGGAGAGCAAAGAUGUUGUGGAUUCGAACAUACCAGGAAUGUGAUGCGUCCGACGCACUACAUGUGAAGUUUUGUUGCUUUUGAUGGCUCAAGAUGUCUCAAGCAGGAUGAGUGGACUUCUGCCGACUACACUAACACAUAAUGUAGGAUUAAUUUCUGGUUGUGGCCUUUGUCGUACAGCGACAAAAUGCAUGACUCACAGGAUAUCGCCAGACAUCCACAGCAUAAGAUGUCAUUUGUCCCACUCAUGAAAGUAGAAGCAGACUUGGAUCUGGUAAUGGGAGAUAGGAAACUGCAAUUGAUCAGACUCUCUACUGAUUGAUGUUUGAACGGGGAAGAUCUUUAGGUCAGCUCGGCAGUACUUGGUAUCGAAAACAGAGAACCUUCUUCAGACUCUGGAGGGAUGCACUUCAUGCAUACCGCCAUAUGUUCUCGUUUGGACUCAAUUUUCUCCAAGCAGUGUACAGCAGUGUUCUUGUGAAUUUAUUAUCAUACAAGCGGUAUAUGAACUGAAUGAUGGAGGAGCAUGGUCUACGGAGGAGUUGGACAUGCAUUGAACUUUACCUGUCACUGCCAAGAUACAGGCCAGGCCAGGGUUUUGACUAGUGUCUUUUGAAAUCGCUUAUUUGUUUUCUAUAUCUUCUUUUUGAUAACUUGUGGGUAUUUCUGCAGUCUUACGACAAUUCCAUUCGUGAGGAAAGAGAAUCAACGUGCUCUGGAACGUUAGCCAUGAUUCUAAAAUGUGUUAUAAUACGGUGUUCCAGUAAAUUC